UCCCAGCAGGUUAUCAUUUACGGAGGAGAGAUAACGUUAGAGAGCUCGGAUGAUGCUUCAAAUUACGCCUUUUCCAUGCUUUUCAUUCGUAGAAAAGCAGUGACAGAGACAUUUUAGAUGAAUGUGACAGAAGAACAGUUGAUCCAACCAGAUUCUUGAGACAAAAACACAUGGCAAGAAGAACAAGGAUGUUUUUGACAUUUCCUGGUAUAGUGGUUGUCUGUCUGCAUCUUCUGGGUGGCUCAAUGGAGACAGCCAAUGAAGUAGACCCAUACAAGAUUCUUGGAGUGACCAAAAGUGCAAGUCAAGCUGAAAUCAAGAAAGUGUACAAGCGCCUAGUUAGGGAAUGGCAUCCGGACAAAAACAAAAAUGAAGGCGCUGAAGAUAUGUUCAUCAAGAUUACCAAAUCUUAUGAGAUAUUAUCCAAUGAGGAGAAGAGAACCAACUAUGACAGGUAUGGCCAGACUGAUGACACCCAGCCGUAUGGUCAUGGUCACUAUGGUCACCGCCACGACCACUUCUACUUCGACGAGUCCUUCUUCCACUUCCCAUUCAACAAUAAGGGCAACCGGGAGUUUGCCGACAGCAAGUACGCUCUGCACUUCAACCAGUAUGUGAAUGACGUGGUGCCUGACAGCUAUAAGAGACCGUACCUGAUCAAAAUCACAUCCGACUGGUGUUUCAGCUGUAUCCACAUUGAACCGGUCUGGAAAGAGGUUGUGUUGGAGCUGGAAGCCUUGGGUGUGGGGAUUGGUGUGGUGGACGUUGGUUAUGAGAGACGUCUGGCCAAUCACCUCGGUGCUCACCGCACCCCAUCCAUACUGGGGGUCAUCAACGGGAAAGUGACCUUCUUCCACUACGCUGUGGUGAAGGAGCACCUGAGGCAGUUUGUGGAGGACCUGCUCCCUCAGAGACUGGUUGACAAGGUUACAGACAGGAACGACUUUCAAUUCCUGAACAGCUGGCAUGAGCAGAACAAGCCGCACGUGCUUCUGUUUGACCAAGUGCCUGUAGUUCCACUCUUGUACAAGCUGACUGCUUUCGCCUAUAAGGAUUAUGUUCAGUUUGGAUACGUGGACCAGGGCCUGUCAGAGACCGCGAACCUACUGAAGCAGUUCAACAUCAACACCUACGCCCCCACCAUGCUGGUCUUUAAGGAGAGUACAGACAAGCCUGCAGACAUUAUACAGGCUAAAGGGAUGAAGAAACAAAUCAUUGAUGAAUUUAUAACGAACAACAAGUUUCUCCUCGUCCCUCGACUGGUGAACCAGAAACUGUUUGAUGAACUUUGCCCUGUGAAGCAGUUCCACCGACGCAGGAAGUACUGUGUACUACUGAUCACUGGUGAUGAGGAGUCCUAUACCAUAGGAAACCAGGCCUUCCUCACAUUUGCCUCUACCAACACUCUGGAGGUGGUGAGGUUUGCCUACGUCUACCAAAGACUGCAACAAUCACUGUGUGAUAUUCUGCUGAAGACUAAGGACAGCACACCUCCACCACCACAGGUGUUCAUCUUGGAGCGUCGUAACCCAGCAGGGAAGGUCCUGUACAAGGAGGUGGCGGGCGGUUGGAAUGGUACUGAUGAGGAUAAACAACGUCUGUUGGAUGAGCUGGAGAGGCUGCAGAAAGACCCCUCCAUCCUCAACUACGACGCCAUGCUGCCGGAGCUCAACAAUGAGUUUGCCUCUAUGUUUCUUAUCCGAUGGAUCUACACAGCGUAUGAUUACAUUUCUGAAAUCCUUGAUGAUAUUCUUCAUAAUAAUUGGCGUGAGAUGAUGCCCCUCCUGUCGUUGAUAUUCUCUGCCUUGUUCAUCCUGUUUGGCACGGUGGUGGUUCAGGCCUUCAGUGACUCCAGUGAAGAUGGCAAAUCCAAACCGAAGGCAAAAGAAGGAACUAAGGCAGAAAAUGGGUCACCGGGUAGCAGCAGCACCUCAAGUCGCCCACCUAAGAAGAACUUUGUGGAGGUGACGGAGCUGACAGACAUCACAUACACCAGUAACCUGGUGAAGCUGAGACCAGGCCAUAUGAACGUGGUACUGGUGCUCACUGAUGCCACCAAGAAUGUCUUACUCAGCAAGUUCGCCAAAGAAGUCUACUCUUUCACCGGGAGCCUGACUCUGCACUUUUCCUUCCUGAACAUGGACAAGCACAGUGCGUGGAUGGAAACACUGUUGGAGUUUGCCCAGGACGCCAUGCAGAUAGACACCGAAGAGGAUGACUGUGCCCGCCACAAGAUAGACUACACAGGCUAUGUGCUGGCACUCAACGGCCAUAAGAAGUACCUCUGCCUCUUCAAGCCUGUCUACACUGGGGAGGAAGGCGGGUCCUCCGAGGAGGAAGGGCCUGGGGGCGCCACUGGGGGAGGGAAGAGGUCUAGGUCCGGGUCCAGGGACGACCACCCACCACGCAGGUCUACGCCCAGGUCCCGCUCCACCGCCACACUGCAGAUCCACCACAAACUGGACCGCCUGGGGCUGUGGAUGGAGAGGCUUAUGGAGGGAACUCUGCCCCGGUACUACAUUCCUGGCUGGCCGGGCCUGGACAAGAUCACAGGCCCCAAAUAGAAAUCGUGUCAAUUACUUAUACUGUACGUUGUGAAAAAAUAUCCCCAAAAAGAUAUGCUUGGAAGUUUGAGAUGCAUUGCAUGCACACAUCCCAAGUCAGGAUACAGGCCUAAAUGGACGCGUUCCAAAGCUAUCUGUGUUUAAAAGCCACAACGACGCCGAGUUAUCCUCAUGGCUGUGUUCAGAGGCUACUGUAUGUUUUGAGUGAUUGCACUAGGACAUCGUUUGAAGAAAUUACAUUCAAUAGUGAGGUUGGCUUGGGUCAUUGCGACAACUGUACCACAUUUAUCUGCCGUCAUGUUCUGCUGCCUUUUUUGCACUUGAAAUAUUUAUUUGUUACGGAAGUACUUAGAAAAGUAGGUUCAGUAAAAGAGGGAGGGUACAGAAUAUGGUGGAUCUCAAAGCAACAACCGUUGAACAGUUCCUAGAUUGCGUUCCCUUUCGGAUCCCUUCCUCUGCAUGCUGUCAUUAGUUAGCUACUUAGUUCUAAUAUCGACUGCUGUUACAACCUCUAGAUGAGCUAACUGAAUCACUGUGGUCAUAAGUAGACUCCUGCCUUUUUAGAACCGUCAUCCAUCAUUAUUCAAAUAUCUAAUCUAUCAGAUUGUGCUUUGAUAUUAGCUUCACUGUCCCAAUGGUGAUUGGUCAGUACUGUGAAUAGUGAUGCAUGUCUCUACUAGAUCUAUUUUCUUCACCAUUUUGACCUCACUCCAAAAAAAUAUAUUUUAUUCUUGUGCAAUAUAUACUGUAACUACAAUGCCUUCCAUUUAUCCUUGGCUGCUAAUAUUUCAUGUUCAUUCUUAUUCAUGUAGAAAUAGGCUAUUUAAAAAUAAGUCUAACGUUAUACUUUAGCUUUUUGUUACAUGACCACGUUUUUUUGCAUUAGUCUAUUUCCCUUUAUUUUUUACAUGAAAGACAAGAGAAACCUGCACACUGCUCUUGCUAGUGUCACUGUUCCUUAUUAGGCUUUUACAUAUCGUCCUCUUGGCCUUCGUCAGAGCUUUUUUAGUUUUACAACAGAACUUGGCCAGUGGCUUCAUAUAGCAAUGAUAUAGUGUACAGUGGCUUGCGAUAAUAUUCACCCCCCUUGGCAUUUUUCCUAUUUUCUUGCCUUACAACCUGGAAUUAAAAUAGGUUUUUUGGGGGGUGCUUUG